UGAUUCGCGAGUACCGAAGAAGACUAAAUACAGACGCAAGGUGACAAAGGUACAACAGACUAGCAAGACCCAUUAUAAGUCAUACAUUGAAUCCGGAAUCCCUAUUCCUAGGAAAAGUGCUUACAGGAAAAAACAAAGCAACUGCUCAGUUGGGCAUUCUGAGAAAACAGCUAAUGAAUCUGAGCAAGAAGGUGCUGUGGGAUUCCUUGGAAAAGAGACAAAGCAACUGAAGAUUUCAGAUGAAUUAUUCGAAGCCCAUGGCCCUGAUGUACAUGAUGAAAAUGAAACAGAUGUCGGACAGUUACAGGAAGAAAAAUGCACAUUCCACAUUGCAGAAGCUGACACUCAACAAAAUGAUGAAGAUGAUAAUAAUUAACAAGGCGAGAUACAUUCUGAAAAGAGCAGGCAGGUGGAUGAAGCUGAUGAUUGUGAUCCCCUUUACCCUGGUGCACCUCUGACCAAAGGGCAGAGUCUGCUUUUACUGAUGUCAUACAUUCUUCGACACAACCUCACAGGGAAAGCACUUGAACAUCUCCUAAGGUUGUUUAAUGAACAUUUCCCAGGACUGGUGCCUUCAACAGUUUAUCUCUUUCACAAAGCAUAUGGAGAGUAUGGACAUUAUGAACCACAUUUCUACUGUUCCUCCUGUUCAGGCUAUAUUGGGACUAGUCACAAUAGUCCAAAGCAUUGUAUUUUAUGUAGGGCUGAAUUUAAUGUUAAUGAAAGCCUGUUGAACGGCUCAUAUUUUUUGGUUCUUAACUUGACGUCCCAAAUUAAGGAUGUUUUAGAAAAUCCUAAUCUUUCAUGGUGCAAAAAAGUCAAAUCAGAAGGUGAACUUUGUGACAUACAAUAUGGAAUGGAGUAUCAAAAACUUGUAUGCAGUGGGGAUCUUGGUGAGAAUGACAUCAGCUUGUUAUGGAAUUGUGAUGGAAUCCCUGUGUUCAAGAGUUCCAAAUGUCAGAUUUGGCCUAUUCAGUGUCGAAUAAUUGAGCUAGACCCACAACAGAGAAAGAAUAAUAUUUGUGUCCCAUGUCUUUGGUUUGGGAAAAAUAAACCCAACAUGUUUACAUUGCUACACCCCUUUGUGAGUGAAGCUCUUGCACUUGAGAAAGAUGGAAUCAAAUGGAAGGAUGCACAAAACAGAGAUCAGGUUUCAAGAGUGCAUGUUCUGCUCUGUAGUUCUGAUUCUGUUGCUCGACCUCUCCUCAGAAAUACUAAGCAGUUUAAUGGUACUUAUGGAUGCGAUUUUUGCUACCAUAAAGGAGGAGGUCCCUACCCAUCUUGUACCCCUGAGCCCUCUUUGAGAUCAGAGGAAGAACAUUAUAUCCAUGCAAUGGCAGCAACACCAAAAGAACCUCGAUUUGGUGUCAAGGGGCCAUCCCCACUAAUGAAACUCAGUAAGUUCCAAAUGAUAAAAGGCUUUGUACCAGAAUAUCAACACAGUGUGUGUCUGGGUGUUACAAGACAGCUUGUAUCUUUGUGGUUUGAUUCAUGUAAUCAUGAAAAAGAGUGGUACAUUGGAACUAAAACUGAUGUUGUUGAUAAACAGCUAACUGCAAUCCAGCCUCCAGUAGAGGUGACAAGAACACCUCGUUCUGUACAAGAUCGCAAAUUCUGGAAGGCAUCAGAAUGGAGGGCUUUUCUUUUGUUUUAUGCAUUACCAGUUUUUAAAGAUGUUCUCCCAAAAAAAUUCUGGAAUAAUCUUUUUCUUUUAGUUUUUGGAAUUUACACAUUGCUUCAAGAGAAAGUGAAAAUACGCAAUCUUGACUUUGCAGAGCUCUCACUGAAAAAGCUUGUCACUGAAUUUGAAAGAUUGUAUGGCACAGAAAAUGUAACAUUCAAUGUUCAUUUGUUAACCCACAUUGCAACAAGCGUCAGAAAUUGGGGACCCCUUUGGGCAACAUCUACAUUUUCUUUUGAAUCCUUCAAUGGAACACUCCUGAAAUUUUUCAAUGGAACUACACAUGUACCACAGCAGAUUGUAAAGCAGUUCUUAAGAUGGAAGAGCUUGAGAGAACAUGGUGAAAGAUGCAUGAGGGAUGCUAAUGAAAAUGUGCAAUGCUUGUUUAAUGAACUACAAAAUGCCAAUGUAUUAGUAACAAAUUCACAGCGAAUUAACGAACUCGUAAGAGUCUUUGGUAGUCCUUUUGCCCAAGAAAAUGUACCUGUUACACACAGGAUUGCAGUAGAGCAGUUACUGGGCUUUAAAGUAAAUUCCUACUGCUAUUAUAACCGCUUUAUUGUCAAUGGAAUAGUCUGUCACGCAGAAUCCUCUAAAUUACGCAAAAGAAACAACUCUGCUUUAGAGCUCAAAGAUGGAAUGCUAUGUAGCAUCAAAAGUCUUGUACUAACCAAGCCACAAUGCAUGCAUGACUAUGCAAUGUGUGACUGCAAUAGAAGGUGCUGUGUUUUAGUACAGGAAUUGGUAAAGAAAAGGGGGCAUUUGUACAGAGACUCACAGCUAAAUAUAUCCAGCAAAUUUGUGCAUGAGGUCACACGGUCAGACAAUAUAAUUGCUGUUCAUCCAAGUUCUUUCAAAAGGAAAUGUGUUGUGAUCUGUUUGAAAGCCAGAUCAUUUGCAAUUCCUCUGCCAAAUAAUAUCAAACGGGAUUAGAUAUGUUGUUCCUUUAGCACUGUUCAUAAAAUUUCCAUGGUGGACUUUUAACAUAAACAGAUAAGUUUGUCUUACUGAUAGAGCUAUUUUGAGAGAACAUGAAAGGUGCAUUCUUCCAGUCAUUGCAAUACAUUGCAGUUAUGGAGUGUUAUGUAUGUGUUUACAAAUUUUGUAAUUAAUUUAGGCAUUUUAAAGGGGUAGAAGAAUUUCAAGCUACAAGUGAAAAUGUAGAUAUUGAUUUAACAUGUAUGUGUUUGUUCUUUUUAUAGACAUGCGCAUACAUUUUUUUCAAAUAAACCAUUGUUCACAGUAGUUCCUAUUUGUGUUAUAACUUGUGAAGUGUGCAUUAGUACAAAAAGCUAUGAAAAGUAAAUUAAAUACAUUUAAAGUGUGCAUCUAGAAAUGAAUUGACUUAACUGCUAACAUA